AUGACCUCAUUUCUGGUGGACACAGGUGCUUCAUAUUUGGUGCUCACUGAGUUUCAAGGCCAAACCUACCCAGCUGAAACCACCAUAGUCGAGAUAGAAGGUAAACCUUACAAGCCCCCAAAGACACCCCCUGUUAUUUGCCUUUUCUCAGGAGUGACCUUUUACCACUCCUUCCUUGUUAUUCCCCAUUGCCCAAUCCCGUUACUAGGUAGAGACCUUAUGGCCAGAUUUGGGGCCUCCAUUACCUUAUGCCCCUCCCAAUUGACUGAACAGGAUAAUAAUUCGGCCUCCCCUAUGAUUUCUCUAUUGAUGGCUUUAGUGGACUCGCCUGAAGAUUCCUUGGGGUUUCCUUUCCCCGCCUCCAAAGUGGAUCCCACAAUGUGGGACACCCGCAACCCUUCUGUUGCCAAACACUACCCCACCAUUCACAUCUCUCUGAGGGACCACAGACACUUCCCUUCACAACCCCAGUAUUCGCUCUCCCGCUGCAGCCUCUUGGGGCUACAGCCAAUUAUCCAAGAACUACUAAGAAAGGGGUUAUUACGCCCUGCUAAUUCCCCCUAUAAUACACCUAUCUUAGUGGUGGCCAAGCCUAAUGCCAUCUGGAAAGAACGCGGGCUUCUGACAACCAAGGGGACCCCAGUCAUAAAUGGCCCCUACUUUAACAAGCUUUUAGAAGCCUCCUUUCUGCCCUCAGCCAUUGGCAUAGUCCACUGCAGAGCCCACAGGUCAGAUGACUCCUUUAUAGCUGAAGGAAACAACCUGGCUGAUGAGACUGCCAGGCUCCUUAAGGGAGUUCCUUCAGCAGAGCCUCCCUUUAACACCAGCCGAUAUACAAUUUCUCACACAGCUUUCACAAACCUAUAUUUGAACCUAGAAAUUUUAUGUAAUGUCUUUUUGUUUCUGUCUCCUCUGAACAGGCAUAUGUCUAUGGCUAAAGUGGAACAUGAGAAUUCCAGCACCAUCACUGAGCUAUUCCUGAUGGGAUUUUCGAACUACCCCCAGUUGAAGAUUCCCUUCUUCUUUUUGUUCAUUUUGGUUUACUUAGCAAAGUGCUUAGGGAAUACAGCUGUCAUCUGGCUUUCCUCAUUUUUUUUUUUUUUUUUUUUUUUUAGCACAGUUGUGGUCCUGAAGACGCUCUUCAAUUUUCUCGCAAGCAGGAAGGUUAUAUCUUAUACAUUCUGCCUUGUUCAGACCUAUCUCACCUUAUUCCUGGAGUCAACUGAGUGCUUUUUCCUGGCAGUGAUGGCCUUGGAUCGCUACGUGGCCAUCUUCUACACACUCAGAUACCUGAUCCUCAUGAAGUGGUCUGUGUGUGUGUCAUUGGCGUCUGGGGCCUGGAUCAUAGGCAUUUGUACUUCAGUGGCUCCUCUGUACUUCACCAUCCUCCCACUGUGUGGACCUUACACCGUUGACUAUAUUUUUUGUGAGUUGCCCAUACUUCUGCAUAUGUUCUGUGCAGACACAUCCCUGGUGGAAACCAUGAUGGCUAUAGGAGGGGCUGGCAAGGGGCUGAAGUUGCUGGUGCCGUUCCUCUUCAUUAUUCUCUCCUAUCUUCGAAUCUUGGUGGCUGUGAUGAGAACAGACUCAGGGGAGGGUAGGACAAGAGCCUUUUCAACGUGUGCUUACCAUCUGACCGUGGUGACAAUCUAUUAUGGAACUGGCUUGAUUGGGUACCUGAGGCCCAAGUGGCUCUACUCAGCAGAGGGUGACAAACUGAUCUGUGUGUUCUAUGCAGUUAUCAACCCUAUGCUGAAUCCUUUCAUUUACAGCCUGAGGAAUAAGGAAAUGAAGGGAUCCAUGGCAAGAAUCUUAGAGAGAAGCAGUUGA